AUGCUGGGCUGGCCCUGGGGGCUGCUGCUGACCGCGGGCACGCUCUCGGCCGCGCUGAGCCCAGGGCCGCCGGCGCCCGCCGACCCCUGCCAUGACGACGGGGGCGCGCCCCGCGGCUGCGUGCCGGGCCUGGUGAACGCGGCCUUGGGCCGCGAGGUGCUGGCCUCCAGCACGUGCGGGCGGCCGGCCACGCGGGCCUGCGACGCUUCGGACCCGCGGCGGGCACACCCCGCCGCCCUCCUGACCUCUGCAGGCGGCACCGCCAAUCCAGUGUGCUGGCGCUCGGACUCGCUGACGCAGGUGCCCCACAACGUGACCCUCACAGUGCCCCUUGGCAAGGCUUUUGAGCUGGUGUUCGUGAGCCUGCGCUUCUGCUCGGCACCCCCCACCUCCCUGGCCCUGCUCAAGUCGCAGGACCACGGCCGCAGCUGGACCCCACUCGGCUUCUUCUCCUCCCACUGUGGCCUGGACUUCGGCCGCCUGUCUGCCCCUGCCGAUGGCCCAGCUGGCCCGGGGCCCGAAGCCCUGUGCUUCCCUGCGCCCCAGGCCCAGCCUGAUGGUGGUGGCCUGCUGGCCUUCAGCGUGCAGGACGGCAGCCCGCCAGGCCUGGAUCUGGACAGCAGCCCGGUGCUCCAAGACUGGGUGACCGCCACGGACAUUCAAGUAGUGCUCACAAGGCCUGCCGUGCUGGGAGACACCAGGGGCUCCGCCGCCACGGCCCCUUACUCUUACUCAGCCACUGAGCUCCAGGUGGGCGGGCGCUGCAAGUGCAAUGGGCACGCGUCCAGGUGCCUGCUGGACCCCCAGGGCCACCUGACCUGCGACUGCCGGCACGGCACUGAGGGCCCGGACUGCAGCCGCUGCAAGCCCUUCUACUGCGACAGGCCGUGGCAGCGGGCCACCACCCGGGAAGCCCAUGCCUGCCUUGCUUGCUCCUGCAAUGGCCAUGCUCGCCGCUGCCGCUUCAACAUGGAGCUGUACCGACUGUCUGGCCGCCGCAGUGGCGGUGUCUGCCUCAACUGCCGGCACAAUACCGCGGGCCGGCACUGCCACUACUGCCGGGAGGGCUUUUACCGAGACCCUGGCCGUGCCCUGAGUGACCGCCGUGCCUGUAGGGCCUGUGACUGUCACCCUGUUGGUGCUGCUGGCAAAACCUGCAACCAGACCACCGGCCAGUGUCCCUGCAAGGAUGGUGUCACUGGCCUCACCUGCAACCGCUGUGCCCCUGGCUUCCAGCAGAGCCGCUCUCCGGUGGCACCCUGCGUUAAGACGCCUGUCCCUGGACCCGCUGAGGAGAGCAGUCCUGUGGAGCCCCAGGACUGCGACUUGCACUGCAAACCCGCCCGUGGCAGCUACCGCAUCAGCCUGAAGAAGUUCUGCAGGAAGGACUACGCGGUGCAGGUGGCGGUGGGCGCGCGCGGCGAGGCGCGUGGCUCCUGGACGCGCUUCCCGGUGGCCGUGCUCGCCGUGUUCCGGAGCGGCGAGGAGCGCGCCCGGCGCGGGAGCAGCGCGCUGUGGGUGCCGGCGCGGGACGCUGCCUGCGGCUGCCCCCGCCUACUGCCGGGCCGCCGCUACCUGCUGCUGGGGGGCGGGCCGGGGGCCGCGGUCGGGGACCCCGGGGGCCGGGGUCCGGGGCUCAGCGCCGCCCGCGGGAGCCUCGUGUUGCCCUGGCGGGAUGCGUGGACGAGACGCCUUCGAAGGCUGCAGCGGCGCGAGCGGCGGGGGCGCUGUGGGGCUGCCUGA